CUGCCUGCAAUAAGUUGCAGCGGAAGAAGACGGCCACGCAAUCACGAUAGCUCCGCCAUUUAAUAUACUUUUAAUCCAAGCCUCGUGACCUCCGUCCAUGGUCGCUCACUUCCGCCCACAAAAUGCCAACGCUCGAUUUCCUUAUGGGUCUCUCUCCAAGUAAGAGUAACCAACUGCAAACUUAGAUAUCGAUCCAAACCCUAACCCUCGCUUGGUGGCUCUUUCGUCCGAUAUUCCGAUGGCUUCAGUUUAUAGGCUGCUCUCCUUUCACGCAGCGACAAACGAUUUGUCCAUUGAUGGAAACUUCACGGGGUUACAUAGAAAGCCGAUGGAAUCUGUCAUGAUGAACGUCUCGCCUUUACGUUCGAUUAGACAGAAGGAUUCUCGUUGGAGGAGCUUGGGAACCGUUAAGACUUAUUUUGAAGUAAUGGCCUCGAAAGAUCCUUGUGGGUUGGGACAGGAACUCAAGAAAAGUGAUAGGAGACAUGAUUUGAAAGAUAAUGAUUUAGAUCCAUUAAAGGAUUUUGAAGCCAGGUUCCUGAAAUUUAAGAAGCAAGACUACUUGGAAAAUCUGGAUCAUUAUCAAAACCUUGCUCAAGGACAAUCACCUAAGUUCAUGGUCAUUGCAUGUGCAGACUCUAGAGUCUGCCCCUCCAAAAUCUUGGGUUUACAACCUGGAGAAGCUUUUACUGUCAGGAAUGUGGCAAAUUUGGUUCCACCAUAUCAGCAUGGAGCAUCAGAAACAAGUGCAGCUCUUGAGUUUGCCGUAAAUACAUUAGAGGUUUCAAAUAUUUUAGUUGUUGGACAUAGUUGCUGUGGGGGUAUCAGAGCUCUAAUGAGCAUGAAACAAAAGUCAAACUCCAAAAGUUUUAUUAGAGAUUGGGUGUCUCUUGCAAAGAGUGCAAGGUUAAGCACAGAGGCUGCAGUUGGAAACCUGAGUUUUGAGAAGCAAUGUACACAUUGUGAAAAGGAAUCAAUUAACGGCUCACUGCUGAACCUAUUGACAUACCCAUGGAUUGAGGAGAGAGUGACUGAAGGAGUGCUUUCUCUCCAUGGAGGCUAUUAUGACUUCACUGAUUGCAGUUUCGAAAAAUGGACGCUGGUUUAUAGGGAAAGCUUGGAGGGUGGAAGCAAGUUUGCUAUAAAAGGUUCUUCAACAUGGUCCUGAUCAAUCAAUCUUCCAUUCUGGCAAGAAAAUAAACCCUUUUUUUAUUGUGAUCUUUCUAUGUGAUUGUGUUUGUAAUGUUGUGAUAUGGUAUACAGAUUUAUGCUAUAUAGGAUAUAAAUAAACUUAACAUAUCUGUCCUAUGUAAAGUAAUUUAUCACUUGUUACCUUUUUUUAAUGUAAUUAAUAAACCCAGCUCCAUUUACCAUGAA